GCUCCAUCAAAAACCAUGACAACUGCAGCUUGCCUGCUGGACCUACAGCAAGACUUCAGAAACCAACCAAAUAAGAGGGAGGGAGACGAGGGAGCGAUUGUUUUCUAGAUAUCAUUACAACAAAAAGAGAGGGAGAAUCCUAGCUGGGGGAAAACAAAAGAAACAAAAUAAUUUUCAUUUGAACCUGUGUCUUUAUUUGCUGUUUUUUUCGGGGGAAAGUGUUCUUCCUUGAAUCAUCAGGUCAUUCUCUGUUGGAAAAGAUGGACUUUCUGUUUCUAGUCAUCUUUUUCUGGUGUACGCUGAAGACUGGAUGAUUUUCUGUCAGGGUUUCAGAAAAGAUGUGGAGGGGCUGGAUUCUAACCAAGUGCAUUUGGAUCUGGAGCAGUUUUUCUUUUUCCCAAUGCAAUAAUGCUUUGAGAUUGUGAACUGGACGAAUUCAGUUUGCAUACAAGCUGCAUUUCAAAUAAGGACAGAGACAAGCAUGUAAACAACCAGCCAUUUGCAGGUGGCCUGAACCAUGGCGCAGCUCUACUACAAGAAGGUGAACUACUCUCCUUACCGGGACCGCAUCCCCCUGCAGAUCGUCCGCGCAGAGGCUGAGCUCUCUCCCCAGGAGAAAGCCUACUUGAUCGCGGUGGAGAAGGGGGAUUACGCCAGCGUGAAGCAGGCCCUGGAGGAGGCAGAGAUCUACUACAACAUCAACAUCAACUGCAUGGACCCCCUGGGGCGCAGCGCCCUGCUCAUCGCCAUUGAGAACGAGAACCUGGAGAUCAUGGAGCUGCAGCUGAGCCACAACAUCUACGUGGGGGACGCGCUGCUCUACGCCAUCCGCAAAGAGGUGGUGGGGGCUGUGGAACUGCUGCUGAGCCACCGCAAACCCAGCGGGGAGAAGCAGGUCUCUUCCUUAAUGAUGGAUAACCAGUUUUCAGAGUUCACUCCCGACAUCACCCCUAUCAUGUUGGCAGCCCACACCAACAACUAUGAGAUCAUCAAGCUCUUGGUCCAACGCAAGGUCACCAUCCCACGGCCGCAUCAGAUCCGCUGCAACUGCGUGGAGUGCGUGUCGAGCUCCGAGGUGGACAGCCUCCGUCACUCCCGCUCCCGCCUCAACAUAUACAAGGCUCUGGCCAGCCCCUCCCUCAUCGCCCUGUCCAGCGAGGACCCCAUCCUCACCUGCUUCCGGCUGGGCUGGGAGCUCAAGGAGCUGAGCAAGGUGGAGAACGAGUUCAAGGCGGAGUACGAGGAGCUUUCCCAGCAGUGCAAGCGCUUUGCCAAGGAUCUCCUGGACCAGGCCCGCAGCUCCCGGGAGCUGGAGAUCAUCCUGAACCAUCGGGAUGACCAGAGCGAGGAGCUGGACCCGAGCGAGUGCCACGACCUGGCCAAGCUCAAACUGGCCAUCAAAUACCACCAGAAAGAGUUUGUGGCACAGCCGAACUGCCAGCAGCUCCUGGCGACUCUGUGGUACGACGGAUUCCCUGGUUGGCGCCGGCGGCACUGGGCUGUCAAGCUGCUGACCUGCUUCACCAUCGGACUGCUCUUCCCGGUCUUCUCAGUGGUUUACCUGCUAGCUCCCAAGAGCAGCCUGGGCCUGUUCAUCAAGAAGCCGUUCAUCAAGUUCAUCUGCCACACCGCCUCUUACCUGACAUUCCUGUUCCUGCUGCUCCUCGCCUCCCAACACAUUGUCCGCACAGACCUGCACAUGCAGGGCCCUCCACCCACCAUUGUCGAGUGGAUGAUACUGCCCUGGGUGCUGGGAUUCAUUUGGGCUGAAAUUAAAGAAAUGUGGGAUGGGGGGUUCACCGAGUAUGUCCAUGACUGGUGGAACCUGAUGGAUUUCGCAAUGAACUCCCUGUAUCUCGCCACCAUCUCAUUAAAGAUUGUUGCAUAUGUCAAGUACAACGGCUCUCGACCACGGGAAGAGUGGGAGAUGUGGCAUCCCACCCUGAUUGCAGAGGCCCUGUUUGCCAUUGCCAACAUCUUCAGUUCUCUGCGGCUCAUCUCCCUGUUCACUGCCAACUCACACCUGGGGCCCCUGCAGAUCUCACUGGGCCGCAUGCUGCUGGACAUCCUCAAGUUCCUCUUCAUCUACUGCCUGGUGCUGCUUGCCUUCGCCAACGGCCUCAACCAGCUGUACUUCUACUAUGAGACCAGCGCUGCAGAGGAGCCCCAUAACUGCAAGGGCAUCCGCUGUGAGAAACAGAACAACGCCUUCUCAACGCUAUUUGAGACCCUGCAGUCCCUGUUCUGGUCUGUGUUUGGUUUGCUGAAUCUCUACGUCACCAAUGUGAAAGCCCGACACAAGUUCACGGAAUUUGUUGGUGCCACCAUGUUUGGCACGUACAACGUAAUCUCUCUCGUGGUGCUGCUGAACAUGCUGAUAGCCAUGAUGAACAACUCCUACCAGCUCAUUGCAGACCAUGCCGAUAUUGAGUGGAAGUUUGCCCGGACGAAGCUGUGGAUGAGCUAUUUUGAUGAGGGGGGCACCCUGCCGCCCCCCUUCAACAUCAUUGUGAGCCCCAAGUCCAUCUGGUACCUGUGCGUGUGGCUUCACCGGCAGCUCUGCCCAGGGAAGAGCCGUGACGAGGAGCACAAGAAACGCGAAAACUUCAAGACAUUCACUGAACGCCAUGCUGACAUCCUCAUCCAGAACCAACAUUACCAGGAAGUCAUACGAAAUUUAGUGAAAAGAUAUGUAGCCUCCAUGAUAAGGAGUGCCAAGACAGACGAGGGUCUAACGGAGGAGAAUUUCAAGGAGCUGAAGCAGGACAUUUCCAGUUUCCGCUAUGAAGUUCUCGACCUGCUGGGCAACAGGAAGCCCCCGCGGCGGACCUACUCCUCCAGCAGCGAUGCCACCCUGAAGGACGAGAUUAAUGACAAUGGUGGGAGCAAGAGCAAAUCCAAGAACGUCUCCUUCAACCAGGCCGACAAAAAGAAAGAUGCCGUCAGCGUGUCGGCUCUGUUCCGCUCCAUGUCGGGAAUCAACAUUGCUGAGGAGAAACCAAAGAGCAAUGGCUUCAAGAAGUCCUUUGUCAAGAACGGCAACAGGCUGCAGAGAAUCUCCACCUCCAAAAAGGACUCUUUCAAGAGACUGGGCCUGCUGUUCUCCAAAAUGAACGGGCAUGUUUCAGAGCCCAGCUCCUCAGAACCCAUGUACACUAUCUCGGACGGACUUAUUCAGCCCAAGCACAUGUGGCAGGACUUCAAGUACUCUCAGAGUGAGGUUCACCUCAAUGAGGUUGGCAAGGAUGAGCCGGCCAAGGUCAACGGCACGGACCGUCUCCUGCCUCCCAUCUGCAGCAACUCCCUUCAAUGUGCUUCCAGCAUCACCGCUUCCAGCUCCAAGCUCAUCAACUCCACGGAGGAUGUGUUUCAUGGCUGGGAGGGUGGUUGCAGUGUGCUCAUUAACAAUUGGAAAGCAGGACAAGAGGACAACAUUACCACACAGUUAUGAAAAGGGGAUGGCGAGCUUGUUUAACACAGGGCAGUGCCUCCACUUUUCUCAUAGCUGGAUACAGCCGGACUGGAACAGACUUGAGACUUGAUGUAGCUUUACCUAGCCUGUAAAACCUUUAAUCUCUUGCCGGCUACUAACUUUUUAAACUGAGCUCAGGGGGGUGGGAGUGGGUAUGGUAGUUAUAGGGUUGGAUCUACACAGGACCUUCCUUCCAAGUCUUGGAAGGGCAGUUCCAAUUACUUUUAGGGUUGUGUUUUGUUUUUUAAAACCAAUUACAUGUUUUAUUACUGGCAAAAUGUUUCAAAAUGGAAUUGAUAUGAACUUGCCAAGCACUCUUCUUGUGGACCAUUCCAUUUCAAAAUGAUCAAUGGAUUACAAAAAUGCCACUCAAGUGUUUUUUGUUUUUCCAUUACGUUUGCAAUCACUCUGAAGGGUUUGUUUCAAUAUUAAGAUUUGUAGAAUGUUUCUCUAACUGGUUGCCUUGUUGCUUACCAUGUUCAGAUAAUUUGUUUUUGCUUCCUGACCUUUCAACUCUUCUAUACUUCACCAUAAAUCAGGUAGAGGUAAAAACAAUAUUUAAAAUGGCAUGGCUUUUUGUUCUUGAUACAAAUUUAAAGUAUUGCAGCUAGCUACCAGACACAGGAAGUUAAUAUGGAUCAAGAAACAAUGAAUUGACCGAUUUGGUUUUAAUAAUGAAAAUCUGCAAUAGAACUGAAUAAACAAGACAAAAAGCAAGCAAUCUUCAGCAUAAUUAAUUUGGUAACAGUCCAGUACAUAUUUGGCUAGUUCAGUUGUUAAGGGCUCAUCUGAAUCUGUGCUGAUGUCUUUCAGUGAGGUACUGGAUUUCUGAGGAGCAGUGUUGUGGUGUAGAGCAUUACUUUUUUCAGUAACUUAACUGUAAUGGUUCCUUUUUCAAAACAGGUAACAAAAUGGUAACGGAGUAUGUUUUAGGUGAAGAAAGAAGUUACUUUUAGUUAAAGAAGAACCAUGACUAAUGCAUAACACAAAAAUCAGAAGGUUACUUCAAAAACAGGCAAACCUUACAUUUCACAAACGCUGUUCACAUCCUCUUGCAAGAAUAUGGUGUCAGGAGGGAACGAGUGGGUUCGAUACCUGGAUCUUCAAAGAAUAUUUCCAGAUCCAGCCUGACCAAACAAAAAAAUGGAUUCUCAGUAAGAUGUAAACUGUGGCGGAGGAGUUACUAUUUGGAACUUUAACUAGUUACAAUUUUGUUCAAGUAACUCAUACCUGUAACACAUUACUUUUUAAAAGUCACUUCCCCAACACCGCUGAUACAUGAGGAAGAUUUUAUUGAGAUAAAGAGUUUAAUUACCACUAACAGAGAUUGGAGUAUAUUCAGAUUCAAAUAUGUUAUGUACACGGUUAACCCAUAGCAAUGGAUUAGUGUUAGUAUAUAAAAAGGUGGUAAAAUAAAUUUACUGAUUCCACGUAAAACCUAUAGCCAUACCUACAGCCAAUGUACAGAACUACAAUCUUCCUCAGCAGUGAAUGAACAUCUCUCACUAAAAGCAAAACAAUGUUACAUUUUGGUUUAUUAUGUAUUCAUAUGUUUGACAGACAAAAUGUUUACCAAAAAAAGUCUAAACUAAA